UUCCGUAUACGUUUUAUGUCACCACGCGCGUUCAACUAAAUCGUUCUAAACCCGAAUAAGCACUGAACGCAGCGAAGCCUCAACGCAGUACCUCCCACCGCGACUAAUCAAGAGUGAAAACAUCAUUCAUGAAAUCUUCGUGUCCGCAUAAACUCGUCUCGGUGCACGUUGAAGCUUCCAGUUAGCUUAAACUUAGCUUAGCUUGCUAGCUACUAACAACGAGACGCGUUUUGUUAUCACAUCACGAAGCAGAGAUCGAGUGCGAGUGUAAAGUGUUGUGAUUUUCGUGUGAAAAUGUGUGCAAAACGUGUGAAAGAAGAAGAGUACGAGGAGGAACUUUGUGGAACAAAAGAGGACAAGCGAAAACGUCAACGACUAGACGCUGUUUGCGAGCAGCCUCGAGUUGUGUUCCUCGAAGCAGAUGUCAGUGAAACAUUUAUUCAUUCUCAGCAGCAGGAGCAAGAGCCCCUUCACAUUAAAGAGGAAGAGGAGGAGGAAGAGACCCGCCAAAUUAAAGAGGAAGAGGAGGAGGACGAUAUCACCAAGUUGCCAUUGACCAUUGUCGUAAUGAAGAGUGAAGAUGAGGAAGACCAAGGGCAGAAGUCACAGCUUAAUUCCAGUCAAAGUGAGGAGAACAGCGGGAUGGGGCUUCAAAGCAGCAGCUCAAGCCAACACAGGACAUCAGAAUUUGAUGAAGACCAAUGUGGAGGAUCACAAGCAGACAGCCUCUUAGCUCCACUAUCAAAUGAUGAUGAAGUAACAUCACACUCUUCUGACACAGAUGAUGAUGAACACUCUAAAGGUGAUAUGACAUGUCACACUGACGACAAACGGGAAUGUUCUCAAUGUGACAAAACGUUUUUCAACAAGUCAUCAUUGAAAAGACACAUGAGAACACACACUGGAGAGAAACCUUUUGCCUGCUCCAUUUGUGAUAAAAGAUUCACUCAGAAGGGACAUGUACGAAAACACAAAAGAACACAUACUGGGGAGAAACCUUUUUCCUGCUCAGUGUGUGGUCUUAAAGUAAAUCAAAAGUGUAGUUUAACAAUUCACAUGAGGACACACACUGGAGAGAAACCUUUUGCCUGUUCAGUUUGUGGCAAAAGAUUCACUCUGAACACAGGUUUAGUAAGGCAUGCAAGAACACACACUGGGGAGAAACCUUUUGCCUGCUCCGUUUGUGAAAAAACAUUCACUGUAAAGAUCGACUUAAUCAGGCACACAAGAACACACACUGGAGAAAAACCUUUUGCCUGUUCAGUUUGUGGUCAAAGAUUCACUCGGAAGGCACAUUUAGGAAAACACACGAGAACACAAUCUAGAGAGAGCCCUUGUUCCUGCUCAGUGUGUGGUCUUAGGGUGAAUCAAAAAUGUAGUUUAAUAAUUCACAUGAGGACACACACUGGUGAGAAAACCUUUUCCUGUUCAGUUUGUGGUAAAUGCUUCUCUCUUAAGGGAAGUUUAGUAAGGCACGCAAGAACACACACUGGAGAGAAACCUUUUACUAGUUCAAUCUGCAAUUUUAGUGGAUUAGAAAAUCUUUGUCCUGAGCAGCAGGAGUGGAGCUCCAGGGUGGAGCAGCAGGCCCUCUACAUUAAAGAGAAAGAAGAGGAUAAUGCCACCGAGUUGCCAUUGUCAGGUGCCCCUGUGACGAAUAUAGAUAAUGAACACUGAAAAGUGAUAUGACAUCUCACUGAGAACAAACACUAGAAAUGCUCUAAAUGUGAAAAGAUAUGAUACGAAAUUAAGUUGAAGAAGACACAUGAUGUUCUACACAAGAGAGAAACCUUUCCAUUUCCGAGAAGGGACAUUUGAAUGCACACACAAGAACAUGAAGGAAACUUUUGCCUGCUUAGUAAAAGACUCACUGGGAAGACACGAGAACAAACUGGGGAGAAACAUUUUGCCUCUGGUAAGAUUCUUCUACAAGGGACAUUUGGAACACACAACAACACACACUGGAGAGAAACCUUUUACAACUUCAGUCUGUAAUUUUAAUUCAGGACUGGACCGCAUUGUCCCGAGCAGCAAGAGUGGCUCCAGGGUGGAGAAGCAGCAGCGUCUCACCACUGCACCUGAGGUUACUGUAUGACCAAAUUUAUAUAUUUAAUCUCGCCAAAGGCUAGCUCCAAGACUGUAAAGCAACUGUCCUGGGUCUGCCCAGUAGUGUAGUUGGGCCUUGUCAACCUUGCGGUUCUGAGACUGACUCUGCCGGACAACACUAUGUACAGGUUUGGCAAUCCCGUGCAUUUGGUGUACUUUGUAAAUAAGAAACAAGAAUGUGGCUUCAAAUGAACAAGGGUAAAAUAAAAGCCAUUAGGGCUGGCUGGCUAGCAUUAGCUUGCAGCUAGCUAACAUUGGACAGAAACCCGCUGCAGCAUCGGAGGUACUUUGAGUCUUUUGAUAUGGAGACCCUCUUGUUAUUUUUCGUCUUUUAUUUUUGGUCUUGUAACACAACUUGGGCAUUGUGAUCUAUUUUUGUUGCCACUGUGCAAUUAUACAUUGUUGAAGGGCUGCAGCUAUCAAAUAUUAUUAGAAUCUAAUAUUCUAUCGAUUAUUCAAGUUGAUUAAUCAAAUAAUCAGAUAAACGCUUACUUGACUUUAAAGUUUAUUCUUUAUUAACUGAUUACUGUUGUUCAUUUGGCAUUGUAUAAUGGUUAAACUGAACCAGAAAACAACAAUGAAGCAAUAUCACACCAGAGGGAGUGAUGUUGAACUCACAAGUGUUUUUGAAACUGCUACAUUAAGUAUUUGUGCCCUUCUCAAAUUAUUAUUUUUUGCAGUUUCUCCACUUUAAUGUUUAAGAUCAUCAAACAAAUGUAAAUAUCAGACAAAGAUAACACAAGUAAAUAUUAAAUGCAAAUUUUAAAUGGUGAUUUUUAUUUAUUAAGGAGAAAAGGGAACUAUUCAAAGCUACCUGGCCCUGUGUGAAAAGUAAUGCCCCCCUAAACCUAAUAACUGGUUGGCCCACCCUCAGCAGCAAUAACUGAAAUCAAGCAUUUUCAAUAACUGCCAAUGAGUCGUUCACAUCUCUGUGGAGAUGCUCGGCAACAAUGGAGGGUUUUCAAGCACAAACAGCCUUUUAAAGAAAAGGAUUCAAGUCCAUCAAGACUUUGAUGACGCCACUCCAAAACUUCUUUUUUUUUUUUAAAGCCACUCAGUUCACUUUCUUGUGUGUUUUGGAUUGUUGUCCUGCUGCAGAACCCUGCACGCCUCAGUUUGAGGUCACAAACAUUCAGGAUUUUCUGGUAAAGAGCAGAAUUCAGUGUUCCAUUAAUAACAGUCGUCCAGGUCCUUAUUGAGAAAAGCAGCCCCAGACCAUCACACUACUACCACCAUGUUUGACUGUUUGGUAAGAUGUUCUUUUUCUGAAAUACUGUGUUACAUUUACGCCAGAUGUAACAAGAUACACACAUUUCAAAAAGUUCAAUGUUCAUCUUGUCAGGCCAUAGAAUAUCCUUCCAAAAGUCUUGGGUAUCAUUCAGUUUUGUUUUUUUUCCCCCUACAGUAAGACAAUCCAUUCUUUUUCUUUCUUUUUGGUCAGCAAUGGUUUUUGCCUUGGAACUCUGGCAUGGAUGCCAUUGUUGUCCAGUCUCCUCUUUAUUAGGAUGCCUGCGCUUCUUUAGAUGUUGUCCUGGGUUCCUUUGUGACCUCCUGAAGGAUUCAUCGCUGUGCUAUUGGAAUCAUUUUUGUAGGCUGACCACUCCUGAGAAGGUUCACCACUGUUCCACGUUUUCUCCAUUUGAGGAUAAUGGCUUUCACUGUGGUUUGCUGGAGUCCUUAAGCUUCAGAAAUGGCUUUGUAACCCUUUUCAGUCAGAUGUCAAUUACUACUUAUUAUUUCUCAUCUCUUGUUGAGUUUGUUUGGAUCGUGGCAUUUUGUUACAGCUUUUUGAGAGCUUUUGGCCAACGUCAUUUGGUCAUUUAGGUUCUAUUUAAGUGAUUUAUGGAUUGAACAGGUCUGGAGGUAAUCAGAUUUGGGUGUGGUCAAUGAAAAUGAACUCCGCUUUCCAAAAAAUGUGAUUAGCCACAAUUAAUUCAUGAGUUAAUAAGGGGGGCAAUUACUUUCUUACACAGGGCCAGGUAGCUUUGAAUGGUUUGUUUCCCUUAAAGGAGGUAUGGGGUCCUAAUGGUCCAUAUUUCAUUAGCAAGUUGAUUUUGUGCAUUUUUUCCUUAAGAAAAUGAAACUGGCAGUCAUUUCCAAUAAUAUCAAUCUGUUUUGGAGCAAUUGAUGAAUAACAAAUUGCCUUUGAAAAUACCCCCCCCCCCCACACACACACACACACACACACAAAUACCUGUAUUUAUGCAUUUAUGCAUGUCUGUAUGAAUGUUAUGUAUGAAUGUGCAGCGUAUGUAUGUACAAACCCAAAUUCCAGUGAAGUUGGGAUGUUGUGUAAAACGCAAAUAAAAACUGAAUGCAAUGAUUUGCAAAUGCUUUUCAACCUAUAUU